UCUUUCUCUUUUGCUUCUCUAGAGGGGAUUGAAGCGAUUUAGGGUGUGAUAUACUCUUUGUCGAGGGAGGAAAAUGACAGAAGCAAAAGAAGCAACUACACCCUUGAUGCCACCUUCAUCAAACAAGUUGCCAGAUUACAACAAAUCAGUUAAGUUGAAAUAUGUAAAACUUGGUUACCAUUACCUCAUUACUCAUGGAAUGUACCUCUUAUUAACUCCUCUAGUAGCUGUGGUUGCUGCUCACAUGUCAACAUUAACUCCUCAAGAUCUUUCUGAAUUAUGGGACAAUCUUCAAUACAAUCUCAUCUCUGUAAUUUCAUGUUCAACACUCAUAGUAAUCGUAGUAACGGUCUACAUUGUAACGCGUCCUCACCCUGUAUACCUUGUGGACUUUAACUGCUACAAGCCUAGUGAAGCAUUUAAGUGCACAAUGCAGACUUUCAUGGAUCAAUCUAAGCUAACUGGUGCAUUUUCUGAGGAGAAUCUUGAUUUCCAACGGAGGAUUUUACAACGAUCAGGGCUAGGGGACAACACGUAUUUCCCUGAGGCUUUGCUCAACAUACCACCAAAUCCGUCUUUGAAACAAGCUAGGAAAGAGGCAGAGACUGUUAUGUUUGGUGCUAUUGAUGGUCUAUUGGCUAAAACGAACAUGAAAACGAAGGACAUUGGGAUAUUGAUUGUGAACUGCAGCCUGUUUAAUCCAACGCCGUCUUUGUCUGCAAUGAUUAUAAAUCAUUAUAAGCUUAGAGGGAACAUAGCUAGCUAUAAUUUAGGUGGAAUGGGGUGCAGUGCAGGGGUAAUUGCUAUUGAUCUUGCUAAAAAGUUACUUCAAGUGCAUCCAGGUACAUAUGCUUUGGUUGUUAGUACAGAGAAUAUCACACUCAAUUGGUAUCUUGGAAAUGACAGAUCAAAAUUAGUGUCAAAUUGCUUGUUCAGAAUGGGAGGUGCAGCUAUACUUCUUUCAAAUAAAUUAACAGAGAGAAGGAGAUCAAAAUACCAACUUUUACACGCUGUUCGUACAAACAAAGGUGCAGACGACAAGUGUUUUGCUUCCGUUACACAAGAGGAGGAUGCUAAUGGGAAACUAGGUGUUUCUUUGUCGAAAGAACUCAUGGCAGUGGCUGGAGAUGCCUUAAAAACCAACAUUACUACUCUUGGACCUCUUGUGUUACCGAUAUCAGAACAGUUACUUUUUUUUGCUACACUUGUUGGGAAGAAACUAUUUAAGAUGAAGUUGAAGCCUUAUAUUCCUGAUUUCAAACUAGCAUUCGAGCAUUUCUGCAUUCAUGCUGGUGGAAGAGCUGUUUUAGAUGAAAUAGAGAAGAAUUUGCAUCUUACUGAAAGGCAUCUCGAGCCAUCAAGAAUGACAUUGUAUCGUUUUGGAAACACUUCGAGUAGCUCUUUAUGGUACGAGAUGGCUUAUACAGAAGCUAAGGGAAGAGUGAAGAGAGGUGACAGAGUGUGGCAAAUAGGAUUUGGUUCAGGAUUCAAGUGUAAUAGUGCUGUAUGGAAGGCUUUGAGGACUAUAAAGCCAGUAAAGGAAGUGAAUCCAUGGAUGGAUGAGAUAGAUAAGUUUCCCGUGGACGUUCCAAGGGUAGCAAAUUUUUAAAUACCUAAUGUUGAUCAGAAAGCAGAGACAGAGACGGAUCCAGGAUUUGAAGGUAGUUGGUACAAUUAUACAGACAUAGUAAAGGACAAUUUGUUAGUUGUCUAUAAGAGAGUUUUGUUGUCUUUUGGAUGUUACCAAUUGUUUUAGAAUUCAAUCAACUA